AUGGUCGAGUCAAAGUCAAGUGAGCCACUUCCACGGCCCUGCGAGAAAUGCCGUAUCCAGGAGGCCACUCUUGACAGCAGAUCGCACCCUGUCUGCAGAGACUGCUUCAUCAAAUUCAUCGGCACCAAAUGCAUCAAGCAGAUCGGCCUCCUAGGUAAAGAGACCCGUCCACCGGCCCCAUCAUCGGGCGGCCGCCCAACUGGCACCCGACACUACCUGCUGGGCCUCUCCCUGGGCGUCUCCUCCACCGUCCUCCUGCACCUCCUCAACGAAAAUGUCGAGUUCCAGCUCGCUAAGGGCCGCAACGCCCCCUUCGACCUCACCGUCGUCCACAUCGACACCACCACCACUAUUACCACCACCCUCCCAACCCAGACCCAGCAACCCACCUCCACCACCCCCUCCCCAUCUCUUUGCCACGUAGCCGAGAAAACCCUCGAAGCCUACCGCGCCCGCUACCCGCGCUUCACCUUCAUCACCCUCCCUCUGUCCUCAGCCCUCACCUCCUCCUCCGCCUCCGCCUUUACCUCAACCACCGACGACCGCCGCCAACCCGAUCUACCAUACCUAUUCGAGACGAGCAGCAGCAGCACGACCACCACGGCCGCCUCCCGCGAGGAUGUGACCCGCCACCUGACGCGGCGGGCGCUGCAGUCCCAGGCGCGAGCCCGCGGCUGCCAAGCGCUGCUGUUGGGCCACAGCACGACGGCGCUGGCGGAGCUGACGCUGGCCGAGGCGGCCAAGGGGAGGGGGUUUGCGCUGCCUUGGGUCGUGGGCGACGGGCCUGCUCCUCCGGCGAGUAUCGGUUUGAGUUUGGGUGGUGAAGGAGGUGAGCCGGGGGAUGGGGAUGGAGGCGGUGAGGAGGAUGAACACUAUGAAAACAAGGAUAAGGAUAGGCUGCUAGUGUAUCACCCCUUGCGGGACGCACUGCGCAAGGAGCUCGUCAUCUACGCGGGGCUGGUCGAGCCACCGCUGACAGAGCUGAUACAGGCGGAUAAACAGGAUGACGGGCUUGUGGUGUCGCACAAGGACCUCAGCAUUGAGGAGGUCAUGACGAGGUAUUUCGCCGACGUGGAGGAGAGCUACCCGUCUGUGGUGGCCAACGUCACCCGGACGACGGGGAAGCUGGUGAGAGCUGGGGAGGAGGGCGCGGAGAUUUGUGGGCUGUGCGGGUUGCCCCUUGACGAGGACGGUGAUGAGCGGUGGAGGGGCGAGUUGGGCAUUCAAAAGAGGUCUGGGACAGCGACGGCCACAUGGUUGGGGAGACUGUGCUAUGGCUGUGAGAGGUCGACUGCUGGAUGA